GCUAGGCAGGCGCACAACACACGUUCACAACAACCGAGUAGAAAAAAACAGAACGCGAUCGCGACCGUUUGGUGAAAAGACACGUACAUGAUUUCGACAACAAUUUCUUCCAGUUUUCUAGCUUCCAAAUCUUGGAUAUUUUUUUGUAAACCAUCAUGGCAGCAGUAUCUAUGACGAAUAUUAACCAACUACUUCAAGCUGCAGAAUUUUUGGAGAGGAGGGAAAGAGAACACGGGUAUGCAUCCACAAUGCCAUACAACCACGAAUCGUCGAGACGGAAACUCAAAGUAAAGAGGCUCCACGCAAACAGUCGGUCUUCACACAAUGAACUUGAAAAAAAUAGGAGAGCACAUUUGCGAAACUGUCUAGAGAGACUAAAAGAAAUCGUCCCUUUGACAACAGAGUCAGCAAGACACACCACAUUGGGGUUACUAACAAAUGCCAAGGAUUUCAUUGCGAAUUUGGAGGAGAAAGAGAAAAAAUUCCAGUUUUGUAAAGACAAGCUAGCCAGGGAGCAACGGUUCUUAAGGAGGCGACUGGACCAGCUCAAUCUGGGCAGGCAUAAGAUAAGACAAGACAGUACGGGCAGCUCAUCCAUGAUGUCGGACGAUUCAGAAAAAGAUGAUGUUGAUGUUAUUGGGUACAACAGCGACAGCGACGAGAGGAGCGGGUCGGAAAUGACAGGGAGCGAUGGUGGCCUUGCAGUUAGUACCAAGGAGAUCGUCAUCACGGAGCAAUCGCUCUGAGAAAUGGUCCCCCCUUCGUCUUCAUCUCCUCACCGCAAUGGAAUUUUUAUAUAAUUCAGCCAGUCAGAUCAGAUUCAUGAAUGUUUUGGACGGUGGCGUCAGUGUUGUUCGGCGUCAUCGCCGCUAAGUGGCAGCCAUAUUAACGAUUUAUAUCGGAGAUUCUGAGGUGAUGUGGUGUUUUAAUACAUAGUCACAGAGCAAGCACAGGGACACAAGGGGUUCGACUGUCUGUUUGAGAUUGGUUUGUUUUUUCCUUGUUUGUUUGUAUUUAUUUAUUUGGAUGGAUGUUUGCAAUGUUUGAUCAGAGAAGGUUGGAGUCCUAUGCAUAGAACACAAUACUGGAUUUCCCUUCUCCAAAGCAGUGGCCAAAUAUUUUGUGGUACAGUUUUCUUAUUUAUACAAGACAGAGAAGCACCCCUUCCCUCCCAAGGUGCUGAAUAACAAAUAACCAAAACUGGAGCAUCAAGCUUUAUGGAUUAGUGUUGACCAUUGCAGGAUUGCACAUGUUGGCCUUGGUGUUUUAUGCCGCCCGAGAUUUUCUGCACAAUUCAAUAAACAUAAUUGUAGUGGAACAGAGCAUGCCCAGAACCAUGUGGUUGGUCAUGCCCAGAGAGACCUUUGGCUAAUGGAGAGAGACAGAGCGCCGUCCAUGCUCCUACAAAGCCUAAAAGCCAUUGCUAGAUCCAGGUCCAACCAUGUGUGCAUCAAUCUGACCGUGCAAAUGAGUGGAAGUAAUGAGUUUGGCCAACCUCGGCUUUAAACAAAAUCGACUGCUACUCCUCGGGGUUAGUCAAGUCAUGUUCAUAUACAUGUACAGCUGCAGAAAGUGCAUGGUAUUCACUCGCCAAGACAAAUUACAUGUACUUUUUAUAUUAUUUUACAUGUACAUUACAUUACUAUCCUAUCCUACCCUUGGUUAUACAUUACGCCAGUUUGAACUGCGAGUGGGGUAGACAUCUAUGCAAAUUGCAGGGAAGUGGGUGUUUAUUUAUGCAUGGACAGCCAGUCUGUGGUGGAUUUGAAUUCCUGUUGUGGCAGAAAACAAAGCGAAAUGGAUCACACACGCAGUUGAUUUGUUCUGUUCUAGUCAAACUACUGGGUUUUUGUUUUUCCAUGUGUAAGAAUCUGUAAUAGGCUGGGCUGCCCUGUUGGGUCCAGUGUAAUGGCAAGCCUUGACUACAUGUGCAUCCUGCUGGCAUGGUCAAUACCUAACAAACAAAGAAUACUAGAGCAGUGCCCCUGUGUCUGUCACAACAAGGGUGUGUGCUUAUUGUGGUGAGGUGUCAUCUUGCACAGUGGUGGCUGGAGCUUUGUCUUGGAUUGGGUUAGCCAAGAAUUGGAUACUCCUUUCAGUUGACAAAUAAUGAAGAGUGGAACAACAAGAGAAGUUGCCCCCAGUCUUGCCUGGAAAAAAGGGACCUCAUAUGUUCCAGCCAUCUUGUUUGACCCUCCCGUACACAAACAAAAUUACCACCAAAAUGAAGCUGAAAUAUCAGCAUUGUUUUCAUUAUUAAUUGACAGACCAGCUUCACACAGAAGGAAAAAUGAAAUACUUAAAAUCGAAAGCAAAGCCAAAUUCAGAGCACCCAGUGUACUAGUCAUAUCAUGGAGGAAUACAUUAUUUAUUCCUCAAUGGUCAUAUAAUGCUAAAUUUUUGAAGAAUUUUCAAUGUUGGUUCUUGUUUUGUUUUAAAUUACAUGUACAUGUACUUGCUUAUUAUUGAAUGUGAGAAACAUGUCGGCUUCAAAAGUUGAUGUUUCUUUCCUCCUAGGAAUGUUCUGUGCCGAAAUGCAUAAUUUUUUCAAAUUACAAUGAAAUUGUUAAUGAAUUUUACCCCCUACCCUAAUUUAUAUAUGAAUGAAUUCAAUACCAAAUUGAAGUUAACAUGAUUGCUUAUUUAAACAAUAAUAGAUAGGGGACAAUUUAUGUACAGAAAUAACAGAUUCGUGACCAGACCAAACCGGGUACCAACAAAAAGGGUUUGCACCGUUUAUUCUGAUAUGAAUCGUGAACGAACAAGUGUAAUACAGAGCCACGUUGCAGUUGGGAUAAUUUCACUAGCUCAUAGCUUCUGGCCGAAAAGAUUAAUUGGUGAAAUGGUGUAUUUUACAUCAAAAUAAAUUGUACUUUCUUGCAGCUGGUACUAUAAAAUAUAUAUCUCACUUAGAGUCCUUGGAUUGGUAAAUGCAAAUGGAAGAAAAAUACAGUGACAAUAUUUACUGGAACAGUCAUGGCUGGAUGAACCAAAAUUCAUCACGUCCUAAAAUUGUUUAGAACGUUGCAAAGUGGGGAUCAAAACUGGCAAUGAGUAUUUUGACGGUUCAAACAGAUAUUCAGGCUAGGAGCAGAAGACUUAGGAUGCUCCUUUGCAUUUUUGAACCGUGGCCAGUGUUGGUCAUUUAUACAUGGUGUUCACUACUCGGGUUCAUUGCAAGUUCAUUCAUAUUGUAAAGUGAAACUUUUGCAUUUAUCAAAAGGUAAGGAUGUCUAUACAUUGAACAUUCCAGAAAGAGUCCCCAAACCCCCGACUUGUUAAUUGAAAGCCGGGACUUCCUUAAUUGAAAGCCGGGACUUCCUAAGGCCAGGGAUUCUGCUUAAAAAAAGAUACCCCUUCUUUUAGAAGACACUAAAAAAAAAUACAAUUGGAAUAUACGCAUUGGUCAUGUCUUUGUGUUUGCUCUGUUGUAUCAAACUGAUAUAAGGAGAGUAAAGAAAAUUGGCAAGUGUGUAAGGUUAAUGACUGGCACCUGUAUAAAACGACAAAAUGCUGCAAUUCUUGUCUUUACUAAGUCUUAAGAUUUAAGAAUAGACACAGUUAAAAUAUACGAUUUCUAAACUGCAUACACUUGUUCCGAUUUAUUCCCUUUUUCUUUGAAAGCCAAAUCUAUUGCCCCAUAGUUAUUUGGGGGGGGGGGGUGACCUAACGACAAGGCAACCCCUCAUCUAAAGAUCUGGUGAUUUUAUUGUAUAAAAAAUCUCUUAUAAGUUUCCCCUGGAAGAGAUUUGAGUGACGGAAGUAUAGGGAGGCAGUCCAUGGAAAUGUUCUUGAUUUUCUCAUUUUUGUUGGCGUGUGUAAUGGUUUAAAGAUGCGAGCAGAUAUUCCUCAACAUUUUCUGUUUUAAAUUCAAGCUACUGUAUUAUUAUGCCUAGUUGGUUUUUGAAUGUUAUUAAAUCAGAUUUUAAUUUUUGCAAAUGUUGACGUGCUUUUAACAUAUUAACAUGGUUUCUAUCAGACAAACAGAAAGGUUCAAGACUAAGUAUCAGGUUUUUUAAACAUUGUAGGUUUAUUUGAAAACAAUAUAACUUUUUUAUGAGAAAAAAAAUCGCUCUGUAAGGCAUGAAAAUUUGAAUGUGCCUUAAUUCUGACUGAUAAAGGUACAAACUUCUAGGGUUGGGACUUGCUAAAUUUAGCAAAGCUGCUGGUGCAAAAGGAAAAGCUUAACAAUUAUUUACAAAAAUAAGCAGAGAUUGCGACUUGAAGCACAAACGAACUGAUAAGUUCUUGACCACAAAUUGCAUUGGCUUAACAAAAUGAUUUGCUACAUCAAAGUACCAUUCCAUGUUCAGAUUCCAAGAUUUGUUGGCUGGAAUUAACACAACCUUCAAAUACUUGGGCAUUGGACUACAACAACUGAUCACACAUUUUUAGCUUGAAACCUCCAGAGUCCAUAAAUUAGCUGUCCUAUGCACUUAGCAGCUGGCUUUAUUUAUUUUAUCAAUGCCCCAGUACCAAUUAUAUAAACAGUCGCAACCCAGCAGAUUUUUUACAUUUUUUACACUCCUUGUUGCAAUUUAUACACCAGAUAAAAAAAAAAAAA